CGCCAAAAAUCUGAAUUUUGCACUUUGUUUUAUUUACCGCCGCACCGUCUCGGAUAUUUAUGAAAAUAUAUAAAGUUUUCUCUUAGAAAUUAUCGCCGACACUAUGUCCAAACGAAAUAGUUCUGGCGCAUCUAAUACACUAUUCAACUAUUUCUCUAAAACUCCGCCGGCCGGCAAGAAAUCGAGACCCGCAGCGGGAAACAAUGCUAGCCCAGCCCUCGAUUCCUCUUUGAACAAUGGAAAAGAUCUCAAAGUGGAAACUAAAAAACGGGAAAGGCAGUCCACUUCUCCACAAAGAGAAGAAGACAGUGAUGAUGAUGUCCCCGUGGCCACCAAGAGGAGGAAAAGGAUCAGACUCAACCCCAUUGAUUCUGAUGAUUCAGACACAGAAAAUAAAGCAGACAACACUAUCAGUACACCAAAGGAGAAAGAAAAGGUCUCUUUGGAAUCAAAGCUGAGUGACAGCUUUAAGUAUGAACCAAAUCAAACUCCAAAAGGGAGCAAAGAUACAGCCAAGAGUGUUGGAAGCAGACCAUCAUCAACACCAUCAAAGCCGGCUAAACCGGACCCUGAGCCAAUAGCAUCAGAUGAAGGGAACUGGGUGCACUGCAAGCUGGACUGGCUGAAGCCGGCGAAGAUCCGAGAUGCUGAGAAGAGGAGACCCGACCACCCCGACUAUGAUGCUCGCACCCUCUAUGUGCCACCUGAGUUUCUGAAGGCUCAGACACCUGCCCACCGUCAGUGGUGGGAGAUGAAGUCGUCCCACUUCGACUGCGUGCUGUUCUUCAAGGUGGGCAAGUUCUACGAGCUGUACCACAUGGAUGCGGCCGUGGGGGUCUCUGAGCUAGGGUUCUCAUAUAUGAAGGGAGAGUUUGCCCACUCCGGUUUCCCUGAGAGCGCGUACGCGAGAAUGAACGCUACGCUCGUGUCCAAAGGGUACAAAGUCGCCCGCGUCGAGCAGACGGAAACACCGGAAAUGAUGCAAGAGAGGUGUAGAAAGUCGGGCGCGAAACAGAAGGUGGUGACCCGAGAGAUCUGCAACGUGAGUCUGCGUGGGACACAAGUGUGUGGUCUACAGGACAACGGGCCUAGUUCCUCCACUGCCAACUACAUGAUCACUGUCGCUGAAGAGGAGAGCCACGGCCGCAGUAGCUACGGCGUGUGCUUCAUCGACACGUCGCUCGGCCAGUUCCGCCUCGGCCAGUUCUCCGACGACAAACACUCGUCGCGGCUGCUCACCACGCUGGCGCACCACCCGCCCGCACUGGUAAUAUACGACCGCAAGUCCACCUCCCCCCGCACAGUGAACCUCCUGACCACACACUGCCCCAGCGCGCGGCGCGAGGCCCUGCCGCUGUGGGCGCCGGAGAAGACCCUAAAGGUGCUAGCCGAGAAGUAUUAUAAGACCAAUGUGGAUGGCGACUGGCCUGAUGGGAUUAGGGAGUUUUUGCAUGACGGUGAUGCCCUCGGCCUAACACCAGCUAAUAACUGCUACCUAGCCAUAAAAGCACUAGGGGGCUGCGUUUCAUACUUGACCGACUGUCUGCUAGACAUACAAAUACUAGAAAUGGGGCAGUUUACUUCCUACUCGCCGCCGGACGUGCUAAACAAGACCUUGUCGCAAGAGACUAAGGUCGAAAAUCGGUGGGAAGGAGGCAACACUAUGGUGCUAGAUGCUAUAACACUAAGGAACCUGAGAAUAGUGCAGGAUGAGGGGUGUUUGUACGACAAAUUGAACUACUGCUCCACGCCGUUUGGAAAGAGACUGCUCUACCAAUGGGUGUGUUCCCCGAGCGCCAACAUGGCCGAGAUCAGCGAGCGGCAGGGCGCAGUCCGGGCCCUGUUCCACAACAACGAGCUCAGCCAGGAGGCGCAGGCCGUGCUGGCCCCCCUGCCGGACCUGGAGAGACUGCUGGCCAAAGUGCACGCCCUCGGCAACCUAAAGCGUUCCAAACACCAUCCCGACGCGCGCGCCAUAUUCUACGAAGAGAAGACCUACACCAAGCGGAAAGUUCUAGACUUCAUAGCGGUACUGAACGGAUUCACGGCCGUGAUGAAACUGCUGGACUUGUUCGAGAACACGGACUCGGAGAUGUUGAACAGAUUGACCAGAUUGCCGCCUCAUGGCAAAUUUCCUGAUUACCGCGAGGAGCUGGCGUUUUUUAAGCAAUCCUUCAACCACGCGGAAGCCGAGAAAGAAGGCCGAAUGCUGCCCGGCGCCGGCAUAGACUCGGAGUACGACGACAGUCUGCGAGAGAUAGAUAGCAUCCAGGCUGAACUGCAAGAGUAUUUGAAGGAACAGGAAAAGUUCUUCCGCUGCCGGGUAACCUUUGUGGGCACGGACAAGAAGCGCUUCCAACUAGAAGUGGCGUCGGGGGCGGCGGCGCGCGCCACGUCACACUACCAGCUCGAGGGCACCAGGAAGGGGUAUAGCAAGUUCUCCACCGCUGAGACUAAGGAACUCCUCGCCCGUAUGAUGGCAGCCGAAGAACAGAAGGCCACCGUACUAAAGGACUUCAGUCGCCGUAUAUUUGAGAAGUUCUCUCAAAAGUACUCACUAUGGGAGGCGGCAGUGAAGAGAGUUGCCGUGCUGGAUGUUCUGUUGAGUCUGGCGCAGUUCGCGAGGCAACAGAGCGGGGACGUGUGUCUGCCCGAGGUCACUUUUGAACCGGAUGUCAAGCCCUUCAUACAAAUCACCGAGGGCCGGCACCCGUGCAUCCCUGUGAACGACUUUAUCCCCAACGACACAGAGUUGGGAGUUGAAGAGACGAGUUUAAUGCUGCUCACGGGCCCCAACAUGGGCGGUAAAUCCACGCUGAUGCGGCAAGUCGGUCUCCUAACUGUGCUCGCGCAUUUGGGCAGCUACGUGCCAGCCCAGCACUGCCGUCUAUCCGCCGUGGACCGCAUCUUCACCCGUCUCGGCGCCAACGACGACAUCUUGUCGGGACAGUCCACGUUCCUCGUCGAGAUGAACGAGACCGCCGCCAUAGUGGCCCAUGCAACGGAGCAUUCUUUGGUGUUGCUUGAUGAAUUAGGUCGCGGCACCUCAACAUACGACGGCACGGCCAUCGCGUCCGGCGUCUGCGCGGAGCUGGCGGCACGGCGCUGUCGCUGCGUGUUCAGCACGCACUACCACUCGCUCGUGAGGCACCUCGCCCGUCACCCGCGCGUGCUGCUCCGGCACAUGGCCUGCAUGGUGGAGACAGACGAGACAACGGCUGACAACGAGGAUGAGAUCCCCGAAGAAACCAUCACAUUCCUCUACAAGCUGGCUCCCGGGGCCUGCCCCAAGUCUUACGGCUUCAACGCCGCCCGCCUCGCCGGCAUCCCUAGGGAGAUAACUCGCAGGGCCCAACAGAUAUCCAGGAACUUGGAGAAGGAGGCCACGUGUGUACGCGCCUUUAGGGAUAUCAUGAAAAUGGGGAGUAAUGCGAAGGAGUUGAGGGAUUUGUUGGGUAAGUUGAGCAUUUGAGUUUUAGGGUUUUUGGUUGAUGGUUGAGUUGUUGAUACGUUUAUCGUACCUUUUUGGUGAUAUGACAACUACAACGAGUUAUAAUCAUUAAUUAUUAUAAUUAUUUCAAGUUUCCCUAAAAUGGUUGUUUUUGUCUUCGUAAAGUUAAUUUGUAUGCAUGAAUUUGUUUUGAUCUUGGUUGAAGUUUAAGUAGGAAUUAGCGAUGCUUGCUUAGUAACUAGCAUACUAAUAUUCUCCAAGAAAAAAUAUUACUUAUCUUAAGAUAAUAGAAUGUUAAGUUGCCUAAGGCUACACCAGUGAGAUCUGUUAAUUAAUGUUUCUAAUCAAGUUAAUUGUUUUCGUUGUUCUACAUUUUAAAUUGUAGAUAUUGUUGCCAUACCUGUGAUUAAUAUUAAUAUUUGCCACAUAUAUGAUUUCGUAAUUUUAAUAGGACUCUUAUUGCAAAUACAGUAUUACCUUCUGCUACUAUGUAUGCCAAAUGUAGGCAUUUCAGCCUUCAUCAUUCUGUGAUUAAAUUCUACUCAAAUUUAAUUUGUAUCUAUGUUACCACCGAUAUUCUUCGAAUUAUUAAUAAAUUUGUAAGUACA